UUGCUAAUAAUGCCUGGAAAAUGGCUAGUUUACAAAAAUGUACAUUUAUUAAGACAUAAUCUAUUUUUGUGGAAAACCGCCAUUUUUCGAAUUUUUUUCAAAGUAGGCAUGCGCAUUGCGCGUUUUUAUGUUGCGUUUAGAUUAUAAAUUAUAAAUAGAAAAUAAUUUAUAGAAAAAAUGCCUAAAAGCAAAUCAAGGAAAACUCGUUUAGAAAAUAGUCUAAAGUACGGAGGUCUCCCAUCAGAAAUGCCUUCAGCUGAUCUUCCAACAUUUCGUCAAGUAAUUCAGUUUUUUUAUUUCACUGAAAACAAUAAUCAAAUCAUUUCAAAACAGAAUCUACUAGAAGAGGUUGAAAAUUCUCUGAGUACUUUGUGGAAUAAAGUUAAACCCACGUCUUCCUCUUCUUCAGAGAUAUUCAAUCUUAAGAAAAUUACGAAAUCUUUUUGAAAGAGUAAAAUCUAUAAACCGAGGACGUUGUAAAUCUAAAAGUAAGGAGUAUCAAGAUUUGGUUUUAGAUAAACUCUUUGAUAUUUCAUCAUGUACUUGUGAGUUAGCAACUGUUUUAUGUAAUGACAGAGAUGUUAAGUGUAGCAUCAUCAAUUGCCAAGUAGAGCACAUCUUGUGUCUUUGUAAAACUAGAAAGGUCCCUUUUGAAGACAGGGCAUAUAUUCGUGACCAGAGAAACAAAAUUGGUCCUAAAGGUAUUUAUCAGCUAGGAAAGGCUGAUUUAAAAUCUAGUACAUUUAUUCCGGAAAGGUUAGUUCAAGUAGAGCUUAUAGAUCAUGUUGAAAUACCUUACGCCCAUAACUCAUUGAUUGAUUCUGGUCACAUAUCUGAAGUUUCAUCAUCCGAUCCAGAUGUUUUGGUAAAUCAUUCUGAGGAAGAAUAUAAUCCAGUAAAAAGUUUACAAUAUAAUUUAAUGAAACUUGAUAGAUUUGCAAUGGAGGCUGUCAGGUAUGAUGUCUCAUCUCGUGCUGCAGCUGCACUUGCAAAUGCUCUACUUCUAGAUUAUGGAAUCAUUAAAUAUGGAGAUUUGAAUCAAGUUGUAGAUCGAAGCAAAAUUGAGAGAGAGAAGAAGAAAGUAAUGUCAAGAUAUAUUAAUCAACAUGAUAACAAUUUAAGUAACUUGGUGUGUUUGGGUGUUGAUGGUAAAGAUGAUAAAAAUGUUCUUCAGUUUAAGAAUGUCAUUGAAAAUGGAGAAACUCGCUUGUCACGAGUUACUGAAAAAGAACAUCAUUUAACUUUUACUAAUGAAAAUAGUUUUAAAAAUGGUUUAUAUCUCUCUCAUAAAAAUCUUCCAUCAAAUGGUGCAACUGGUUUGCUUCAAAGUGAAAUUGUAUAUAAUGUUCUGAAAGAGUAUGAUAGUUUAAAUUCAGUACAAGCCCUUCUUCUUGAUAAUACAAAUGUCAAUACAGAUUUCAAAACUGGAAUUGUUGCAUGUUUAGAAAAGAAAUUAGAACGAAAAAUACACCUUAUCGGUUGUACUUUGCAUCACAAUGAACUUCCAUUUCGAAAAUUAUUCAAAAUAGUUGAUGGCAGUUCAAAGUGUCCAAAUAAAUUUUCAGGACCUAUAGGAAAGCAAGUUUCUAUAGAUUUCCAUCUUAACCCACAAGUGAAGUUUACCAAAAUUGAUACUCCAGUAGAGAUACUAAAUAUUCCCAUUGAAGUGAUAAAUGAUUUAAGCCACGAUCAAAGACUAUUAUUUGAAUAUUGUCUUGGAAUUUCUAAAGGAUUUGUCAAUAACAUAUUUUUUAGAAGAAAAAUUGGUCCACUAAACAACGCAAGAUGGUUGACUUUAGCAAUUCGAGUCAUGGCUUUGUAUACGCGUACUGAAGCACCAAGUCUUGAUCAUGUAAGGCUUGUAAAGUUUAUUGUACAAGUGUAUGCAUACACUUGGUUUCUUAUCAAAAGAUCUUCUAAAUUUAUGGAUUCUCCAAGUAUAUUCUUUAAAAUGACAGAACAGAUAAGGAAGCAAGAUGAAGAAAUACAAAACAUUUGUUUUAAAAAUCUAAAAAAAAAUUCAUAUUGUCUAUUGCCAGAGAACUUUUUAUAUUGUAUGCUUAGAGAUGAAGAAUCUAACAUAAGGGAACAGGCAGGGAACAUAUUUUGAAACUAAAAACGACUUUGUGGUUUUUUAAUAAUAAAUUUUGUUAUGCAUUUGAUGUUAAUAAAACAUAUUUACAUAAAUAUACUUACUUUUUCAAUGCGAGGAAUAUAAAAGUGUGUUUAGGAUUUAGGACCAAUGCAGUAGUAGGGUAGUGGUAAAGUGUUCGACUCACAUUUGCAAGGUAUUUAUUUU